UAUUAUUUUAUUUUAUUUUGUUUUAUUUUAAUUCCGUUUUUGCGAGCCGAACCAUUUAAAAUAUCUAGUUCCCCGACGGACAUAAUUGAGUGACGGACCGAGUCCCGUAAAUCUCCGCUUUCACUUUGUGCAGCGCAUUCUCGCAUUUUGACAACAUGGCAAGUGAGCCUGACGAACCUGAAGACCCACCCGCAAACCUUAAGUCCUCCGUUUGGGAACACUUUGGUUUCAGGGUAAAAUACGAAGAUGGAAAUAAACAAGUUGACAAGACAAAAGCAGUGUGCCGACACUGCAGAACAGCGGUCGGCACACAGCCAUGUUGUUCAGGUGUGUGAAAUAGUGGCUGUCCACAAGACCAAAGAUGAUGACCAAGACAACACAGAGACCAGGAGGAGUCAGAAAAAAGCAAAGCAGCACUCCCAGCUGUAUCCCCAUGCAUUCACAGUUUCCUACAUCAGAAGAACAACGCAGCACCAGUGGCGCUGUACUGAUGUCACCUUCCAUUCUGCCAAUGAGGAACUCUGCGAGCAGUGGAUCCAAGUUAUCAAUGAGCAGCUGUCGUUACUCACCAACCGACCGAAGAGCCUUCUGGUGUACAUCAAUCCCUACGGGGGAAAGCGGCGCGGGAAGCGUAUUUAUGAGCAGAAGGUGGCUCCACUGUUUCGCCGCGCCUGCAUCUCCACCGACGUGAUUGUUACAGAGCGGGCCAAUCAUGCCAGGGACCACUUGAAAACAGAGGCCAAUCUAGAUAAAUAUGACGGAGUGGUUUGUGUUGGCGGAGAUGGGAUGUUCAGUGAAAUCCUGCACGGGCUGGUCACCAGAACCCAAACAGACAACGGCGUGGACCACAACCAACCAGAUGCUGAGUUAGUGGCAUGUUCUCUACACAUAGGGAUCAUUCCUGCAGGCUCCACUGAUUGUAUCUGCUUUGCCACAGUGGGAACCAACGAUCCAGUUACUUCUGCUUUACACAUCAUUGUUGGUGAUUCCCAACCGAUGGACGUGUGCUCAGUCCACCACAAUGACAUCUUCCUCAGAUACUCUGUCUCGUUGCUUGGCUACGGUUUCUAUGGUGAUGUGUUGACUGACAGCGAGAGGAAGAGAUGGCUGGGUCCUGCUAGAUAUGACCUGUCAGGGGUAAAAACCUUUCUGAGUCACAACUUCUAUGAAGGCACCAUCUCUUUCCUCCCCGCCGAGAACAACAUGGGGGACCCCAGGGACAAGCUGCAAUGUCGAUCCGGGUGCCACGUCUGUCAGCACAAGCCCUCAUCAAAAGACACGCAGUGGGAGAUGUCGGAGGAGAAGGAAAAGCCUGAUAAAGACGGCAGCUCUGGUUGGAGUGUGAUCCGUGGGAAGUUUAUUGCCAUUAACGCGGCCAGUAUGAGCUGCGCUUGUCCCCGCAGUCCAAAAGGCCUGUCGCCCUCCGCUCACCUCGCUGACGGCACCACCGACCUCAUUCUUGUGAGGAAGUGCUCCCGUCUGGGCUUCCUCCGACACCUCCUGCGACACACCAACAAAGAAGACCAGUUUGACCACUCGUUUGUGGAGGUCCACCGGGUGAGGAAGUUUCGCUUCCAGCCGCGGCAGCAUGAGCUGGUUUCGCUUGAGGACCUGAGCGAGACUCCAAAGAAGACAGGCUUCAGUCCCAUAUGCUCCACCCAAACAACCUGCAACUACAGCACCUCCCACAGCAGCUGGAACUGCGAUGGGGAGAUCCUGCCUCACGCUGCCAUCCAAGUCAGUGUCCAGUGCCAGUUGAUCAGGCUGUUUGCCCGCGGUAUCGAGGAGCAGCAGCAGCAGCAGUGCGUGUUUGAAGAUCCUUGUACACUGUGGGCCCUGGAGCCAGGCACACACUAGUCAGUGGACUGAAAGCUGGACUGGACGUUUAGCUGCUGGAAAAAAACGGACUUGCACUUGGCUAAGAUUUUCCUGGAAAAAUACAUGCAUCACAUCAGUGUAAAUCCUAGAUACUGGCGUCCCAUCCCUCCUUAGUGUAUUUGCUUAAAGGAACAGUGUGUAAGAUUUAGGGGGAUUUAGUGGCAUCUAGUGGUGAGAUUGCAGAGUGCAACCAGCUGGAGCUUCUCCUGGUCAGAAUUCCUGCUGUGGUGAUUGCUCAGGAGGUUUUGACCAUAAGCAGAAUUAUCUGUAGAGGUCUCCUCUUCUCCAAAACAAAAGGACCAGGUAAUCAAAACUAGUCAAAACACUGAAGAAGCAGUUUCACGUUUCAAAUCAGUGUUUCUCUGAAACUGUUCGGCUUGUCGCAGACAGGUUUUUACCGGAAGCCUAAUUAUCCGCUUAGGUCUCGUCCACUCCGAAACAGAGGUGAUUUAAACUGGUAAAAACACUGAAUAAAGCAGUGUCACAUUAAAAUACCAAUCUGAUGCUGUUUGGCUAGUCGAGCAGCUGCUAAUGUGUGCUCACCUUGGUGACUCAAGAUCCAAACGUUUGCCGAAAUAUCCGCAGAGGUCUUAUCCUCUCAGAAACCAAUGGACCAGGUGAUUUUAAAGGGUAAUAACACUGAAUGAAAUAGUUUCACAUUAAAAAAUCUGUGUUUUUCUGACACUGCUUGUGGUGAAGGGCUGAUGGUGGCCAACGCACAAACUUAAAUGGCCCUAUUUAGAGCCAGUGUUUGGUUUGUAUGUUCUGGUUUACUUUAAAACACGGCAGUACAACAUGGCGGACUUCAUGGACAAGAACCCUCUCCCUAUGUAGAUAUGAAUGGCUCAUUCUAAGGUAACGAAAAACCAACGAUUCUUGUUUUAAGGUAAUCAUAUACUUAAGAAAACUUGCUUUAUUCAAUUUUUGCUGAUAUAUCCCCCUCAAUCCUACACACUGGACCUUAAAAUUAAACUUGCAGGAAGUCCUUACUGCACAAUAAAAAAAUGCUGAAAAGGCUGCCAUCACCCGCCAUUUAGAGGGAAAAAACUGAAGGCUAAAGAGAACUCAUAUUGCAUGAUUUGUUGUUACUGAAGAAAUUCAGUUAUCUCCUCGCUGCCAUUUGGAGCUGUUAUGUGCAAAAUUGCUUCAUGCAGCUUUAACUAACCCAAAAUAUGAUGUGAAACAGCUGCUAGUGCCAGCGCUGCCACAUUCAAACCUCAGAUUCAGGUUGGUUUUUUUUUUGUCUUUAUCUGUACUUUUUGAGAGAAGGAAGAUUUUGAGGCUCAGACGAUCUCAAGCAGCCAGAUGAAACAGAGCUGAACUGGACUGAGCUGGACUCAGCCGCAACAAUCAGCGGGAGGUUUUUAUACUGCCAUGAAGGAGAACACAAAUAGGAUUUCUCCCUGUGUAGCAAAGAGAGACAGCCGAGGAGAUGCUGCUUUGUGAGAGGGAUGAAAAAGAAAGGCCUGUGAAGUACACCGAUAAACUGAAAAGACAUUGCAUGUGUGUGUGUGUUUUUGGGACAUUUUAUCUGAUCUUCCCUUUUUGGGGAGAAAAAAAUAUUUCAGCUGUGACCCAGGUGAAAGCAGAUAUGAGCCAGGGGCACUAAUGAAAAGAGCUGAAUACCCUGCUAAUACACUAACAGGACCCCGGUGGCUUCUGGGUAAUAAGGCAAAGUGGUUGCUAAGUGAUUUGGUGUGUCUCAGCAGCACUGCUGCGGUGCACCUGUGGCUCUGAGCUCUGCUCCUCUCUGGCCAAAAACUACUGACAGUUGAGUCAUCACCUGGGAUUAGCCAGAAUUAUACAUUGUUAACUUUAUUAAAGAUAAUGCAUUGUGCGGUUCUGAGAUUAGCCUCAUUAGCUCCUUUUUGUGGAGCCAGACCAUCAGAGAAUGCUACUGCUGCAACGAUAAAACUGCAUUAAACCACAUACACAAUCAUAAUACAUUAGGGUAAACUGUGUGUGUGUGUUCGUGUGCGUGUAGGGUUAAGUGUGUUUUCCACAAUCCCUUUAGGGACAAGCAAUCAUUGGAGUGAGUGUGUGUGUGCGUUAAUGUAUUUGUGAAGGUGCCAAUGUGAUGAGUUAGCUCUAUCACAAUUAGCCUCAUGACUGCCAUUUUGCAGAUGCUCUCUCACAGCAGCCAACACACUGCUAACACAAGCACCUAUAGAUGAUCAAAGACAGGCACACACACACAAGCUCUCUCAAGCUAUUUCUGAUAUCCAGUGUCUUUUUGUGUCACACACCCUCGCACACACACACACUCCUUAACUUUUAACACCAUAAAAGCCUGCUCCUCUCUUUGAAUCCCCUCUAACUCUGUUAAUACUGACUCUGAAUGUCUAUAAUGUUUCACCUUCAGUGCUCACUUUUGUCAGCUCAACGGUAUGAUGUUCUUUUCAAAGAGUCAGAUGCUUUUAAAUCAUCUCUCAUACACACACACACAAACAGUGGAACUGAGGAUUACGGCCAUGGGCGUAUUAUGAGAUAAUGGGCCCCUGGGCACAGACAUCCAGAAGGCCCCACCAACUCUCCUACACAGGAGUACACUUUUUUGUGUUUUAGUCCCUUUGAGGGCAUUUUCUGUCUCUGUAAAGUAAAAAUGUUUCUUUUUUGGUUUUGUGUCACUUUGAGGUGAAUAUGUCCCUUGUUUAGUGUCUCUUUAUAGUUGUUUUUUGUCUCUUACAAAAUGUUUCGAGACUUUUUUUUUUUUUACAUUUUGUGUCCUUUGUAGACAUUUAUAGUCUUGCUGAUAAAUACGUCCAUGGGUCUGGCCAAACAGAUCUGAAAAGCUAAAGAAUUUAGCAAUUUAUGACUGAUAAUGCAAACAAAAGUCAAACUGUAAUUUGAAUUCCCUUCACUUUUGUCUUAGGAGAUAUAAACUAGAAUGAUAUUUUAGCUAGUAGAAGCUAGCAAACUAGGAAAACUAGCGCUGUGUCUUAGAUUGGAUACUUCUGUUCGCACAUGCAGUACACUGCGUACACUGUGUGCUUACUUGAGUAGGGCAGAAAUUUUGAACGGGUAGUCUCAAAUUAAACAUGGUGGAAAUGACGUUCACAAGAUUUGAUUGCUUUUUUUCUUCUGCUCGGCGAAUUACAACCGGGCAGAGCCUCGUCACAAUGCUAAUUGUUGAUGAACAAUUGUCAUUUGCCAAAUACAUGCUCGCUAUAUCUGCUUCUUUGCUCACAUGACUACUUCUGUAUUCAUUUGUUGUAUCAAAAAUUAACGUGCUUUCACGGGAUGUUACGAAUGUCCACGGCUGAAACUAGCUGGCUCUAUCACCAGCUCAUCAACCAAGUUAAUGUUAGCUGCCGCAUUUUGCGAAUAUUUACAUUUUGUCAAACAUUCGUCCACAAAUCUAAUACUAACAUUUACUACAGUGGAGACGACAGUUUAACAUGCAUAAACACCAAACGCAAGUUGCGCCCAGAAUUCGUACAGCAUACACCACAACUCAUCAAUAUACAAUAGACGAUAAAAUGUGCUGGCGUUAGCUAGCCAGCAAGCUAAUGUCAGCAUUUGUGGUGUUGUUUGGGGAACCAAGUGAUUACGAAACUAACCUAAUGAACAAAUUGACCGACAGUAUAUUAGUUGUGAAAAAUACACAUAUAAAUUUAAUGCUUCAGUGUUUAUGGCACUGGUUGCCUGACAUUUUACCAGUUUGAAAUAUGUUUAUGACUCUGCCCCUUGCAUUAUGUCAGCAACAUGGCGACCAUUUGCCAUACUUCUCUCAUGCACUCAAAACAAUUAGUACAGAAGUAUCCGAUUAGAGACACAACAUAGCUUUCGUCAAUGGCUUCUACUUGGAAAGUUGAUGCUAGUUAGCUUAGCUUGCUAACAUCAGCAGUGAUUCCGAGACGUUACAUCUGGUUUAUGCUAUUUCAACACCUACGGCUAGACUGUGUUCUUAGUAAAAAUGAAUAUAAAUUGACUUAAGUUUUUAUUCAAUCUUGUUUUUCUCCAUAUUCAAGUAAACACAUAAAUAAGCUGUGAUGCAAGUAGUUACUUAAUUUAUUUUAUGAAAAUGCUAAAUAAAGUCCUUUUGAAAUGUG